AUGGACAAAGCAAAGUUUGAAAAGGAGAAAAUAUAAUUUUUAUCCCCAGAAUAAAUUCAUUUAUUUGAAAGUGAUCAUUUACCAAAUCAGAGCAUAUAGCAAAACCAAUAGAAUUAAUUUUCCAUUUUUUAAUAAUAACCAUCAUAACCUUCUUUUCUACUUCCAUCCUCUCCAAAUCAAGUGAUACAUAAUUAACCACAUCAAAUAGCACAGCAACCAGUACGAUUAAUUCUUAAUUAACCAGAACCAACUUUUUAUGGUCACCCACAAAAAUUAUCAAAUGAGACAGAAUUAGUUGGACCACUCUAUCCUAUGAUUGUGUAUGCCUCUGCCUUACCAUAACCAUAUGUACCAGAAUAUCACAAAAAAGAAAUUUCAAUACAACCUGCAACUCAAGUGGAUCCUCAUCAUCAUUUAAUAAAUAGCAAUUAAAAUAACUAUUCUCAUCAUUUCCCUAACAAUUUAAACACUUAGAACAACUGUCAAUAAUACCAAAGUGGUUAUUCCAAUCCAGAUCAUCUAUUUCGAACUAAAUAUGACGACAUAAUUGACUAAUAUAAUUGGAAUAAAUAUGGAGUAACUCAAUAAUUACCAUCCGUUGAGCCUGAUAAAAUCAUUCAUGAUGUAACUAUGCACAUUUCCUCAUCUCUUCAAUAACAUACAUCGUUAAUUCCUACAAUUUAAGGAACACAAUAAACAAUUUAAAAAAAUGACUUCAAUUUUAAUCCUGACAUCUAUUCAACCUAUAAUAAUAAUAAUCAUUUCUAAGAUCCUAUUUUAAACAAUAAAGAUCAUUUCCCUUUAAUUUCAGAGCAUCCUAGCUUUACACAUUAUGAUCAUUUACUAGAACCACCAAGUAAAUACACCAAGAUUGACCCACCUAUUGAUCCAGUGACCCCAUUUAAUUAAUAUAAUUAAGGAAUAGGAAUUGAUCAAUAGCCCUAUCAACCGUAUUAGAAAAUAAAUUCCUAUCCUCCCAUUCAUCAUUUAAUCGAAAAGAAAUAUGAUUUUGGUCCAAUUCCUAAUAGACCAUCAGAGCAUUCCUUUACGAACUCCUAAAUUACCUAUGAUAAACCCUUCAUUCCUGAUCGCAGCUCUAUUGACACUCCAAUCACAACUAUCAAUUACAUUCAACCAAAAUAUUAAAGUUAGACACCGUAGAUGGUAAAUAAUUUACAAUUAAAUUACUAACCUUCCCAUCCUCAAAUUAUUCCUUUAUCAACAAUUCCAUAACAUUUUGACUAUUCUCCGUACAAUCCAAAACAGCAUGUAAGUCCCACUCCAAGCAGUAACAAUCUAUACACUGCACCUAAUUAUCCCAUCCCUACCAUCAAACAAAUUGAAUAGCCUAAAAUUGUAGAGUAAAAUGGGAUCAAAUUCUAAGAUGAGACCAUGGUUAUAGAUGACAAUGAUCAUAGAUAAACUAAAUCUUCUAAUAGAGACCCUGCAUUGCAAUAAUAGCAAUGUGCAAUUUAUUGA